AUGGACUUUCACGAUGAUGAGAUUCUGGAUGUGGUUCCUCUAUCAGUUAUUCCCUGCGAGGCCCUUGAUUUGAACCAUCCCAUGGAUGCAUCAGCUUCUGCAUGCCCCAAUCAAGGUAACAUAUCUAGUAUCCCUUCUAGCUCAACUCAUGCCACUAGUUAUAAGGAAGAUAUACACCACAUUGAUCGUGUCAUAAGGAACCUAGUCACUAGAAUCCUUAAUGAAGGACAUUCUGUGAAGGGAGUCUCUACUCCCCUGUCUAAAAUGUACCCCUCUUCUGAGGUUGCACAACAUAGUGAGAAGAAUAACGAUUCCUCCAGUUCUGAGAAGGACAUGGUUGCUGAAGGUAUGUGCUCUCUAGGGCAAACUGUGUCUGGUAAAGGAAAAUAUGUGGCAUCUAAAACUGCCAAUGCUUCCCAUUCUGAGAAGCAUGAUGUUGCAAACGAUGUGAUUGACCUAGAGGAUGAUAGGUCUGGUGAGCAAGAGGAUAGCUUACUUCAUCACUUAAAGCCAAGUAUUGCUGGUGUUGGUCCUUCCAAAUCAUGGAGCAAGGUUGAAGUGAAUAAGAGGAAGGUUAGAGAAGUCUCUGAGUCUGAAGAAGAUGUUGAGGAAGAUGUCCCUGACAUCUCUCCAGUGAAGAAGACCACUGUGAGGAAGUCCCCUAUGAAAGUUGUUGUUGUGCAUUUGGAUAAUAUCUCUUUCCAUCUUGAAGAUGGAGCUGCCAAAUGGAAAUUUUGCUAUAAGGGUUUGGUUAAGGAAUUCAUUGUCAAUAUUCCUGAGGAUAUUGCUGAUAAGAAUAGCAAGGAAUUUUGCAAAGUAUUGGUGAGAGGAAGAAGAGUUGAGGGUGCAGGUGAAUUGGAAGCUACAGACAAUGAGGUCUGUAGAGAAAUUACAUCAAGGCAGGUGAAAGGGUGGCCUAUUAAAAAUCAUCUUCCUGCUGGGAAGUUAACUGUCAAAUUUAUGUUUGAACAAAUUAUCAAGCAUGCAUCUACUAAUGCAGUUAAGUUGCUUAUUGCCUUUCCCUCUAUGAUUUGUGGGAUUAUCCUGAAUCAACACCCUGGUAUUCUGAGUUCUAAUGACUUACCAAGUAGAAGAAAACAUGCUCUGUCAGUGCACUAUAAACUGUUUGAAGGCAGUCAUGUCGAAGACAUUGUCAUGGCGUCUGCUAUGAAAAAGCCAACCUCAAAAUUUAGAACUAUUGCUGAGCUGAAGGAGACUUGUAAAGAGCUGGGUGAAGGGAUAAGGAUAGCAACAGCUAGGAAAGAUUCGUUGGAAGCCCUGAUUGCAAGCUUGGAGCGAGCUGAAUCUUGCUUACAGCUGAAUAUGUACUACUUGGUUUUGUAA